AUGGACUCAGAAACGGAAAUAGUGGGGCAAAAAGUAAUCGUCGAGCAGUUUUGCGAUUAUACGGUGCUCAUCAUCGCUCACAAACUACAAUCAGUGUGGAAUUAUCAAAUAGGUGUUAUGGAAAAGGACAAUCGACGAUGUUACAAUCGCGAUAGACUAAUUGUGAACAGUGGAAAAGGAAAUUUGAGGUUCAUGGAUCACUGCGGGCGGGUCGCAAGAAAACAGAACCCCAGGGACAGGGCCAAUGUAGUUUCACUGCUAACUUUUACUUAUACCUACGAAUUAUUCAGAAAAGCCUGGAAAAAAGACUUGAUAGAAGACGACAUCUAUGAAGUAAUCGAGCCCUGCCAGGCAAAGAAAAACGGGGACAAAUUCGAACGAAAAUGGCGCCGAGAAAAGGAACGCAAGCAACCGUCGUUGAUACGUUUGAUGUGGCAGUGUUUCGGUGUAAGAUACCUCUUACUCGGCGUUAUGAGGUUGUCCGCCAAGGCUUUAUCCAGUAUCAUCGAACCAGAAGCCAUCGGCAAAUUAGUAUCCUAUUUCAACCCUGCACAAGUGGCCCUAACGUACCAAGAUGCCUUAUAUUACGCUGGCUUACUGAUUGGUGUGAAAUUGCUAAACAUUUUCUCAUUCCAAAACUACAUCAUAUUUCUGCAACAAUUGGCCAUUCAAAUCAGAACUUGUCUGUGCUCUAUGGUCUACAGGAAAGCGUUGAGAUUAACGCCUGCUGCCAUGAACGAAAUAAGUUUGGGCAACAUAAUAACGGUAAUCACGAAGGAUGUCUUGGUAUUCGAACAGGCAAUCUUUAUGGUGAAUGACGUGUGGUUCGAGUUCACCAGGAUAACCCUGGUCAGUUAUCUAAUUUAUAACAAGAUGGGUGCUUCGAGUUUCGUUGGGGUUGGAAUUUUGUUGAUGGUGAUACCUAUACAAGUUUAUAUUGGUCAGAAAAUUAAAAAUUUAAGAUUGGAACUGACGCACAAAACCGACGAGCGCCUUCAGACGACCCAGGAAAUAUUGUCGGCCAUCAAGACGAUAAAAAUGUACACGUGGGAGACGAUCUUCGCAAAAAAGGUGGAAGAGAAAAGGGCCAUGGAAAUGAAGUACCUCAUGAAGUGUUUCUACCUAAAGGCGCUCAACUUCGUCGCCGGUCUCUUCACCACGAAAAUCAGUUUCUAUUUUCUGAUCAUGGCAUACAUAUACUUCAACAAAAUUGCAAACGCGGAAAUCAUUUUCUACGUCCUCCGGUGUUUCAACGAUCUACGGUUCGCUGUCGCUUACAUCAUCCCCGACGGUUUGGGCAGGGCCGCCGAGGUGACCGCGUCCCUAAAAAGGAUCAACAAAGUGCUAAACAGCGACGAGUUGAGCGAAAACGACGACGCCAACUCCAACGAGCCAAAACUAAAACUUAGCAACGCCUGCGUAACUAUAGGUGACAAAGAGAUUUUGAAGAACGUGACGUUAGAGCUCGGUUCCGGCUUGACAGUUAUCACGGGUCCGCUGGGGUGCGGCAAAAGUGCACUUUUGAAGUUAUUCUUGAAAGAUUUCGAACUGUCCGAAGGGAAGAUAGCGUCUCAGGGGACGUUCUCUUAUUGUUCGCAAGAUCCGUGGCUGUUUCCGUCUUCUAUAAAACAGAACAUCACGUUCGGCGAACCGUUCGACGAACGCAGAUAUAACGAAGUGGUGAGGGUGUGCGCCCUCGAAUACGACUUCAAUUUGUUCGAGAAAGGGGACGAAACCAUCGUAUCUGACAGGGGAAUGAACCUGAGCGGCGGUCAGCAGGCUAGGGUGAAUCUAGCUAGAGCCGUUUACAAAAACAGCGACGUGUAUCUCCUAGACGAUCCUCUCCACGCGUUGGAUUCGAGGGUACAAGAUUACAUCUACCAAAACUGUAUCAGGGGUUUUUUAAGGGGCAAACAGUGCGCUCUGGUGACUCAUAACACGAAGCAUAAAAACAAUGCCGACUGUCUAGUGGUGAUGAGUCACGGCGAAAUCGCAUACUCCGGAACACCUCAAGACGUCAGUGACGAACUGCUACACGAAAUCGAAUUGGAAGCCGAGAAGGAAGCUCAAACGGAAGACGGAGAAGCGAAUGAAAACGAAACCGAUGGGUUGCUAAAGAGGACGCUGGACAAAAAGAAAGUGUACAGCGAGGUGAAGAAGGAAGGCAAAGUGGACGCGACCGUGUACAAAAAAUAUUUCAAGUUCGGCGGUGGGUUUUUGUUUUUCUCGGUGAUAUCUUUGCUCUACGUCGGCUCGGAGUUCACCGAGAGUUACUCCACGAGGCUACUGACCAAUUGGAUCAACGUGGAACAGAAUUUAACCAAUAUUAUCAUCGGCCCGACGCCAACCAACACAAACAGCAAUGCCUUGUUACACAGCGAUGCAUUUGCAAACCAAUCAAUUUCCGGGAGCUCCACGGCUGAUAAAUUACAUAGCCAAGCGCGUUGGUUGUUGAAGUUGUACACGGUGAUGAUCUGCGCUUCCGUGUUCGUAGAUUUGACCAAGCAAUUGAUGUUUGUGAAUUUCUCGAGGAAGGCAUCGGUGAAUCUGCACAACACCAUGAUCGAGAAACUGACAACCGCCACAAUGUCGUUCUUCGACACUUAUUUCAUCGGUAAUAUACUGAAUCGGUUCUCUCAAGAUCUGACCACGGUGGACGAACAUUUGCCGGCUAGUAUCAAUAUGGCCAUCUCGGCGAUACUAGCGGCAGGUGGCGUUGGGAUUUUAAUAGCGAGCGUGAACUGGCAGUUCAUGAUACCAUCCUUAGGCUUGGUUAUUUGCUUGAUGACAUUAAGAUCCGUUUACAUACCCACCUCUCGUAGCUUAAAAAGGCUGGCCUCCGCCGUUCGCAGCCCACUAAUUGGACAUUUGAAUGCCUCCAUGGAAGGCGUGACGACGAUCAGGGCCAACAAAGUGCAAAAACUCCUCGAAGAAGAGUUCGAUCGGCAUCAGGAUCUUUACACCUCCGCCCACUUUAUGACGUUCGCCGUAAGGAGGGCAUUUGAUUUCGCCAUGAACUCGCUGUCAAUUUUUUUUGUGACCUUGAUAAUAUCGAAGUUUCUAUUUUUUGGAGGAGAUACGUCAUCGGCUGACGCGGGUUUAGCCAUCACAAAAGCGGCAUCUCUAGCCGACAUCAUCCAAUGGGUGCUGUUGGUUUGGUCGGACGUAGAGAACAACAUGACUGCCGUGGAGAGGGUUCUGGAGUAUACCGAGGUGCCGCAGGAUCGAUACGAAGGCAGAAAAAUCGAUAAUUGGCCGUCUGACGGCAAAAUCGUCUACCAAAACGUGUACCUCGCGUAUAAAGAAGAAAAAGUGCUAAAAAAUUUGAGUUUCGCGGUGCAGCCGAAACAAAAAAUCGGAAUCGUAGGACGCACGGGAGCAGGAAAGUCGUCGAUAAUUUCGACGUUAUUUAGGCUAUACAACUUCGAUGGGGCAAUUUUUAUCGACAGAGUGAACACUAAAACGUUAUCGCUUGAUAUGCUAAGAGACAAAAUUUCUAUUAUUCCGCAAGAGCCAUUACUAUUUCAAGGUACAAUUAGACAAAACAUCGAUCCUUUUAAUUAUUAUACCGACGAUGAAAUCUGGCAAACCCUCGAAAAAGUGCACAUGAGAGACCAAAUUCACAGUCUACAACUAACCAUAACAGAGCAUGGUCUCAAUUUCUCAACGGGCCAGAGGCAGCUAAUUUCUCUUGCCAGAGCAUUGAUUAAAAAGAACACGAUUGUUGUUAUGGAUGAGGCCACGUCUAACAUGGACCCAGAAACAGAAAUCCUGGUGCAAAAAGUAAUCGUGGAACAAUUUUGUGAUUGCACCGUGCUUAUCAUCGCGCACAGACUUAAGUCCGUCUUAGAUUGUCACAAGAUAAUUGUUAUGGAAAAAGGUGAAAUAGCAGAAUUUAAUGAUCCCGAAACCCUAAUCAGAAAUAAAGACAGUUACUUUGCUAAAAUGCUGAGGGCUGAUAAUAAUCAAUUCUUAAAUAGUCAAUAA